AUGCGGGAAUUAAUCGUUCGAGCCACACUGGUGGCCCUGUUAUGUGGCCAAGUCCAUUGCCAAUUCCGAGACGACUGUUCGGAUGCGCCUAAUACGGCAACUAGAAAUAUGUGUUUGCGGAUGCGGCAAAUGGACACAAACGCUAGGAAUAUUGCUCAGAACACAGUGGAAGAGGAAGCGAUGCCUCCAGGAUCACCGGUUUGGCAACAACCAAUCCCUGUGCCAUUCAACGCCAGAGGGCAACUGGCCACACAUCCAUAUGAUUGCAUGACAUUGCAGUGUCUUUGUCCCUUCUUCAGAGUAAGUUAAAUCAAUGGACACCGCUUUUUUGGGUCGUUCUCUGCAAAGGUGUACGUAAUGAUUACAAUUCAGGGCCAAAUGAACAAUGGAAAUUGUAUUCUCCAAAGCGGCCAGCCACUUGCCAUGGGCUACAGAAAAGAGUAUCGUAUGCUGAAUGACGACGAACGUAGACGAUGGCACUAUGCGCUGACUGUUUUAAAACAAAGUGGAGAAUAUGACAGACUCAGCGGAGAGCAUAUGGUGGUAAGUCAGCUUUAUAAUUACUUUACAAAGCGUUGAUAAAACAAUAAAACGAUUGUCUUUUAGGUUGGUGCCGGUUCUGGCGCUCAUUCCGGCCCGGGAUUCCUUCCCUGGCAUCGGGAAUAUCUGAAAAGAUUUGAGAUCGCCCUCAGAUUGAUCGAUCCAAGCGUCUCCGUUCCAUUUUGGGACUCUGUCAUGGACAAUUACCUUCCCGAUCCCCGAGAUUCGAUCCUCUUCACACCUGACUUCAUCGGACAAACUGAUGCCAAUGGAUUCGUCGUUAAUGGGCCUUUCGCUUAUUGGAGAACAUUGGAAGGACGGGCGGCCAUCUGGCGGUGAGUUUAUUGUUCCAAACCUAUGAUGACAAAAAAACACAACCAAUUUGCAAACAUUAUGAAUAUUUUGCAAUAUUUUCAGUCAACUUGGGAUGGAAGGCGGCCUUUUCACGGAAGCCCAACUCAACAACAUGAUGCAGCAAACGAACGUUGAAUACGUCAUGGCAUACACUGUUCCUCUUCCAGGUAAAACCAACAGAAAUCCGAAGAAGAAUCGAGGAUCAUAUUCAUUUAUUAUCAAUACAUCUUUCCAGGUUGCCCUUACCCUCCAAACUACCAAGCAAUUGAAUAUACCCACAGUAACAUUCAUUUGUGGAUUGGCGGAGACAUGAAACCCCCUACGACCAGUGCCAAUGACCCCAUCUUCUACAUGCACCAUUCAUUUGUCGACUUUCUUUGGGAGCAGUGGCGACAACUGAGACAACCGAGAUGGUUGAGAGAAACUGUAAGAGAUUUAAUUUUUUGAUAAGUCUGGCCAACUUUACAAUCUUUUCUUUAUUUGGCCAUACAGAAACAAAGAGUAAUCUAAGCCAUCACAUUUCAGCAAUACACCCCCGACAUUGCCCAAUGCGCAAACCCCCUUCACUUCAGUUACGCAGCCAUGCGACCAUUCAACAACUUGUUGAACAGAGAUGGACUCUCCAAUUCCUACACCGACCAGAUGUACAGAUAUGCCCCAAGAGCCGGCUGCAGCGCCCAAAUCCCAACCUGUGGCAGUAAAUAUCUUUUCUGCGACACUCGAGGAUUCCCUCAUUGUGUGGCCAAGGUGAGAUUGGGAGGUUUGUGCAUGGGAUACGAGGGAUUCGACGCGUGUUUCAAUGGGCAAUGCAUCUUCGGCCGAUGUGUUCCUGGCCCUACUCCCGCUGUAAGUUUUAAUUUUAAAAAAUUUCUGGAACGAAUCGUAUUUUACCCCGUUGUUCGAGCACGCACUUACCCCGACUUUUGCAACUUUAGCCGUUCCGAAUCCCCCGACCCACAACGACUCCGGCGCCGGCUCCAGCUGCCACUCGUCGCGUCGCUGUAAGAGUCCGUCAAGCUGCGCCAACUCCAUUUGUCGACUGUUUCAAUCGCGAUCCAUGUUGCGAGGAAUGGGCGAGACAAGGGGAAUGCGACAAUAACAAGAAGUACAUGAGCCGAUUCUGCAAGGCCGCUUGUCAUCGAUGCACUCCCGCCUUCAACAGCACCAAUGGUAUGUUGUUUUAGAGUUUGGUAAUACCGUUUUAGAAUGCCCUGAUCGUCAUAUUUCGUGUCAACAAUGGAGUCAACAAGGUCAAUGUUCGAGCGGAAAUUCUCAGAAAUUUAUGCAAGAGAAUUGUCGACAAUCUUGUAGCUUCUGUUCGGCCAAGAAAUCAAGGACGUGUCCAAAGCCUGAUGUGAGUAAAACAAUUUUUUUGAUUGCCGAUGACCAUAGUUCUUAAUCACUUUCACCGUUAUACUUUCAGGCUCACAAGGCCACAAAGCCUGAGGGUCCAAUCCGCCGUGCUUUCAAGAAACUCCGUGCUUUCGUUGGUGCCUAA